AUGAGGGAUGUGGAUGGAAAGGCGGUCGGGGAGAAGGCGACUAGAAUGAACGAUGUGGGUGGGAAGGCGGUUGAGGAGAAGGCGACUAGAAUGAGGGAUGUGGAUGGGAAGGCGGUUGAGGAGAAGGCGACUAGAAUGAAGGAUGUGGAUGGGAAGGCGGUUGAGGAGAAGGCGAUCGGGGAGAAGGUGACUAGGAUGAGGGGUGUGGGUGAGAAGUCGGUUGUAGAGAAGGGAGUUGCAGGGAAAGCGGCUGGGACGGAAGCAGUUGGAAGUACAACACCCGCCAGUUCCCUCCCUGUUACGUCUCUCCGUGCAACUGCUUCUCGCCCUACAACUGCUGCUGUCGAAGCCACGGCUACCCCCCCCCAGAAUACCUCACUGAAGGCGCAACGCGAUUCGAAAGGCAGCGUAUCUAAAACGAUCAAGAAGAAGCUCAACCGGAAGGUCAAGGGAGGAACAGAGGACGACGAUACAGAGGAGAAAAAAGGAAAGAACAAAGAACUAAUUGACAUCGAAAAGUUAGUGGAAGAUAACGUAGAACAAUUAAACCUGAACGAGAAGGAAAAGGAUAUCAUGAAGGAAAAGUGGAAAUACAUUUUAAAAAAAAACAAAGAAAAGUAUGGAAAAGUGUCUGAUGGAAAUAAAAUAAAAAUCUUCAAUUAUGGACAUACAGCUUUUAGGGACAUACUUCAAUCCAUAGAUAAGAGCAAAAAGAGGGUCUGGUUUGAAACGUAUACAAUUGACAACUCAGAAUUGGCAAGGGAGGUGGUAGAGAGUCUAUGUAAUGCGGGGAAGAGGGGAUGCGACGUCAUUCUUCUGAUGGAUUAUAUAGGAAGUUCGGAGUUUAAAAGUGAAUGGGUGAAAAAACUCAGGGAGAGUAACGUACAUGUGAUUGUCUUUAACACACUUUUGCAUUCAUUCCUGAAUUUGUGGCCCAUUGUUUUUCGGGACCAUCGGAAGAUCAUAAUAUUGGAUGACACUGCGUACUGUGGGUCGAUGAAUGUGUACGAGCACGUCGUCCCGGACGGGGUGGGCUGGAAGAGCGGCGAGGCGGAAGCGGACAGGGAAGCGACAGCGGGGGACGAGGCAGACCGGGACGCGUCCAAGUGGGAGGUAAUCGUGCCGAACCAGUGCGAGCAGCCACUCUCAAGUGAGAAGCAUCCUGAAGCAAGCGAAAAAGAAUGCAAAAACAAAUGCCUUCAGUUCUAUGACUUACACAUAAGGGUGAAAGGGCCCGCAGUGAAAGAUCUAGCGGACGUUUUUAUCGACUCACUUAAGAUGACCAAAACGACCAUCACGAGGGAACCAAUCGAAGAACAGAAACGAUAUGUGGACGAAGAGGGCAACUCUUCCUACGUGCAAGUCCUAGAAUCGAAUGUGCUGAGGAACGUUCGAUCAAUUCAGUCCACCUUUCAGAGAGUUAUUAGAAAGGGAGCGACGAAAAAUAUAUAUAUAACGACUGCUUAUUUUAUCCCCCCCGGUUUUCUGAGGAGAGCUCUCUUUUCUGCCCUGAACAACGGGGUCGAUAUUUCGUUUCUCCUUUCUGGAAACUCGGAUCUCUUGCUCGAUAUGCCCUCCACGUAUCACGUCGUGAAGAAGUUUCUGCGGAAGUAUCAGGAUGGCGGCGAGAGUAGUGGCAUCCGUGACAAGGGCAAAGAAAUUGACGAAAGCGACGACGACGAAGGGGAGGGGAGCCACAGCAAUGACGGGAGCGGCAAACCCUCGCAGGGAAAAGCAGGCCGCUGCGUGCACGGUCUGCGCAAGCGAGCGGAGUCCACACUAGGAAAGCACUUCUUCAAGAGGCCAAAAAAGGGAAAAAGCGAUUUCUAUUUCCUUCAGAACAAGCACUGUCAUGCAAAAAAUCUUAUGGUAGACAAUCUGUGGUGUACCGUGGGUUCAUACAAUUGGGAUCGAUUAUCCUCGAGGCGUAACUUAGAAGUGGUGGUUUCCAUUUUUGAUAAAAAAAUCUGUGACCAGUUUGUGCAAGAGCAUAAGAGUAAAAUAAAAAACCAUUCAAGACAAGUGACCCUAGAGGAGCUCCUCAAUCGAAGCUUGUAUCAGCGAUUCAUCAGCUACUACGCUUACCAAAUGACGAGAUGGUUCGGAAAAAACAUUUUGGACGGUCUCUCCAAUGAGAGCAAUAAGAAUCUUUUGCGCAAGGCCAUUUUGAACAAAUACAUGUCAGACAAGUGCAUGGAGAAUGUCUCCCUCAGCAUGAUGUGGGGCGCGUAG